GUGACUGAACUGAGGAACGAACAGUGUCUGCAGAGAACUGUGAAGAUGGGCAAGAAAAGUAAAAAAGAAAAGAAGGUGAAAGGAGCAGAGAAGACAGCUGCUAAAAUGGAGAAAAAGGUUUCGAAAAGAUCAAAGAGAGAAGAGGAGGAUUUGGAGGCAUUGAUUGCUGAGUUUCGCACUUUGGACGCGAAGAAGACACAGGUGGUGGAGACCGCGUGUCAGCCCCCUUCGCCCAGGUUAAACGCGACUCUGUCUGCGCACCCAGAGAAGGAUGAACUGAUCCUGUUCGGAGGCGAGUAUUUCAAUGGGAAAAAGACCUACUUGUACAACGACCUCUUCUUCUACAACAUCAAGAAGAACACCUGGGUGAAGUCAGACAUCCCCAACCCUCCUCCUCGCCGCUGUGCUCACCAGGCAGUGGUGGUUCCGCAGGGGGGAGGACAGCUCUGGGUGUUUGGAGGGGAGUUUGCAUCACCUGAUGGGGAGCAAUUCUAUCAUUACAAAGACCUGUGGGUUCUUCAUUUAAAUACUCUCACCUGGGAGCAGAUCAAGGCGUCUGGUGCCCCCUCUGGCCGUAGCGGGCACCGCAUGGUCCUGAGCAAGAGGCAGCUGUUGGUGUUUGGAGGCUUCCAUGAGAGUGCCAGAGACUAUAUAUACUACAAUGACGUCCACGCCUUCAACCUGGACACCUUCACCUGGAGCCGCCUGACUCCCUCUGGCACCGGCCCUUCCCCACGCUCAGCCUGCCAGAUGACCCCCACGCCUGACGGCAGCGGCGUCAUCAUCUACGGAGGAUACUCCAAAGUGAGAGUGAAGAAGGAGGUGGACAAAGGCACCAUCCACUCCGACAUGUUCUUACUGAAACGAGAGGGCAAAGAUGAACAAGUGAAGUGGGUAUGGUCUCGUGUGAGCCCCUCAGGGGUGAAGCCCCCGCCCCGGUCCGGGUUCUCUCUGGCAGUAGGGCUGGGUGGGCGUGCACUGCUGUUUGGGGGCGUGUGUGAUGAGGAAGAGGAGGAGACACUGGAGGGAGACUUCUUCAAUGACCUCUACCUUUAUGAUAUCAGCAAGAACCGCUGGUUCCCUGGCCAGUUAAAGGGGCACAGGUCGGAGAAGAAGAAACGCCGUCGGGGCGUGAAAACGGAGGGGGCUGCUGAGGGGGCGGGGCAGGAGGAGGGUGAGGCAGAGGAGGAGGAGGGUCCGAAGGAGAUCGUGAAGGAGAUUGUGACUGAAGAUGGCACAGUGAUGACCAUCAAGGAGGUGAUCCCUGGAACGAUGAGGAAGGAGGAGAGCGAGGAAGAGGAGGAGGAGCAGGAGGAGGGUGCGGCGGCAGCCCCAGGGGUGGAGCCCUGCCCUCGCUCCAACGCGAUGGCGGUCGUUAAACAGGGAAAGCUGUACGUCUAUGGGGGAAUGUUUGAAGUGGGUGACCGGCAGGUCACACUCAACGACCUGUACGCCCUCGACUUGCACAAGAUGGAACAGUGGGAGGUGCUCGUGGAGAUGGACCAGAAGGCACAAGAGUGGCUGGAGGAGUCUGAGUCAGAGGAUGAUGAGGAAGAGGAGGAUCAGAAAGUAGCAGGAGGUGGUGAUGAAGAUGAGGAGGAAUCAGAGGAAGAGAGUGAUGAUGAUGAUGAUGAUGAUGAUGAAGAGGAGCAUCCCCCUGUAAAGCCUGGCGAAACUUUAACAGACUUUCAAAGCCGGACUGAGCAGUACUGGGUGGGACUGGCCCGGGCUAACAUGGGCCCUGAUGCCAAGGACAAGAAGGUUCAGAAAGUGGGCCUGGCUAUGGCCAAAGUGUUCUAUGAAGAGCAGGAGUGAACCACUGCUGUUUCAGCAGACAGGAGACUGGAGGGUGUGUGUGCGUGUUCAUGAGUGUGUCUGUGUGAGGAAGUGGAUGUUAUUAUGUG